AUGAGUGGUGAAACAAUCAUUGAGUAUCGGACAACGUGGAAUAAUGAAUUGUUCUUUAAACAUCGAGGUACUUGUCGAUUGGCACGACGUUUGAUUCGCAAAAGUGUUUUGAUUCAUCAAACACGAAUAUAUCGACAAUUACAAUACACGGAAAAUGAUUUAGCGAAAGAGUUACGAAAGGUACUGCGUGAUCGCGAUUUAUUGCAUGAGUAUUGUCAAUCAACUUCAUUAUCGGAUGGUUUACAAAAACGAUUGAAAGUCUUACAAAAUGAAAUUAAUAAUUACAACCGUCAGAUAAAGACUCUUGUCAAACAAGAGAAAAACUAUUGGAAACAAUUGGAACAAACAAUUCUCAAACGAACAAAAUCAAACUGCGCAACUAUUCUUCCACCUCCGAAAGUUAAUAAUGCAACAUUCGUUACACAUAUUGAUAAAAAUAACGAAAAUCUACCACCAGCUGAUUGUAACACUAAUCAAUCCAAUGAGAAAACCCCUGUAAAAGUAGUGAGAAUUCGUAAGAAGAAAAAAGGUACAACUUAG